CCAUUCCAAAAUCCAAACCCACCUGCCGACUGUUCCCUUCUUAUUUGACCUCCAAAUCCACGGCAUCUCCUCUUUUUCUCUGAAUUCAGGUUAAGACCAAAACCCCAUCAUUGCUUUGGGAUUUUCAGCUUUGAAAGCAUAAACACAUUGGACCAUCUUUCUGCUUCUGAAAUGGCUGGGCUAUUUGCAUAUAGCAGCCUUGCACCAAAGACUAAGAAUUUGGUCGUUGCUGGGGGUUUGACAGCAUUCGUCUUCGGUGUAUAUUUCUAUACUAUGAGAGCUGUUGGGGGUACAGAUGAGCUUCAGGUGGCAAUAGAUAAGUUUGAGGAGCAGAAAAAGCAAGAAGCCAAGUCAAGCAUGCGAUCAAAGGCUUGAUCUCAUUACUCUUUGUAGUCAAGAACAAGGUGAAGGUCAUUAUGUGACAAUCACAAAAUUGGUUGCUUGAAUCUGUGUUUUGAACUGAUUGUCUUUGUUGGUUUUUCAUUGUAUUUUAGCUGAUAAUAAUAAAAAUAACUUAUUACUACUUUUUUCUUGGA